AUGGCAGAAGAAUCAACUCCCAAGAGUCCUCAGAAGGCACAAGGUGGGGCCAAGGCUGGACGAUCCAAGUCUCCCGGUCCUCGUAGAAACCAGCAGGGCAAAGGCAAGGGCAAAUCGAAGUCUCCUGGUCCACGCAGAAACCAAGGGAAAUCGAAAUCCCCGGUUCGUCAGAACAAGGGAAAAUCAAAGUCUCCAACUCGUCCCAAGAAACAGCAACAACAACAGCAACAACCCAAGGAGACACCUGUAGAGGCCCCUCCCCGUGCCAAUGAGUUUGUCGUAGAUGGCCUUGCCUUGCCUAUGAGCAGUUACACGUCAUACCGAUCAGUAUCUACCCUAGAUACCAUGCUUCAGGCUACCGCUGUUCCAGCAAAGCCCAGUCAAUCCGCAAAGCAGAAGCUACCAAAGCAAACACAACAACCAAAGCAGCUGGAGGCUAGUAGUACCUCCAACCGGGCCGAGGAGUUAGUUGUGGACGAUUUGGCCAUGCCAAUGAAGAGCUACACUGUCUACAAGUCAGCUGCACUCGAAGAAUUGCCUGAGGUCCUGCAGUGUGAUCCAUUCUUUGGCAGUAUUGCUGUGAAAAGUCAUUUCAUGGUAUCAUCUCCAUCUACCAAUUCUACUAACAGGGGUAGACAGGCGGAACGAAGUAAUGGAAGCGACACUGCCGCUACAAACAGCAAGCAGUCCAAUGCCAAGAAUAACAACAGCAACAAAAAAUCCAAGUCUCCCGUGCCCAAAGGUAAUAAAAAGGGAAGAUCCAAGUCUCCCAAGAAAAACCAGCAAAAACAACAACAACAGAAGCAGGCGGCUAGUACUCCCAACAAGAAACAGGCUGCAAGAUCCAAGUCACCCAAACGAAACAAGGGAAAGCAGCAGGCAAACGGAAAGAAAGAAACCAACGAAAAUCUGCCGACAAAGACCAGUGGCAUGGCGAAAUUCCUUCCCCAUGUACAAGUGGAUCCUUGUUUUGUGGGAAUGGCAGCAGCAAUGUGUGACCCAUUGACAUCGACACUGGGCAUGGGUAUCAACUUGGACGGCAGACUUGGUGUCUUGUCGCUGGUAAAACCUCUGCAACCAAAGACACAAUCAAAGCCUACGCCGCCGUCAGUAGAAUAUGAUCCAAUCAUCCCUCCGACCUAUAUGGAAGUCGAGCCGUUGGUGAGUCAAAUGGUCCCGAGCGAACUUGCAGAUGCUAUCAACCUAGAAAUGUCCAAAACACUCGAAGAACGGGCAUUCCCUGAUGAAAGUUUCAUGUCGCCGGCCAAACCAACAAAGCAAAACAACAAUGGCAAGAGUGCUCGCACUCCUGCCGUCAAUAACGACUUGACGCCACCUACUAACUUGGCUGGAAAGGUUGCCUUCUUUGAACGGCUCAUGAGGCAAUCGCACGAACAACCAACGGUGGAUCCGACUGUCAAGGUCAAGGCCGCCGUCUCUGAAAAGGUCAGGUCGGUCCACGAUCAGGUUCGAACCAGUCUUGUCACCACCAAGAAAAUUAAUCCCAAUGCUGGUUGGGAAUUGCCUCAAGAUGUGACUCCUUUGGCGCAGAAGCGAGAGCGAGUGGAGACUUUCUUUGAAAAGGAAGCAGACAGCACCGUUGCUCCCGUCAAGCCAUCAUCGCAGCGCAACUCCAACUGGGCCAAAGUGGAAACUGCUCCGCCUUCCAAGUUUGAGCCCCACCCUGAGGGCGACGAAAAAGACGAGCAAGCACACAAAGAAGAGCACACAGACCCAUCGCCAAAGGUUGACGAUCUUGUGGUUGCCAUGGAGAAAAAGGUCAGCGAGGAGAAGGUCAAGGACGGGGAAAAGGAGAACAUCAAGAAGGAUGAAAAGAAGCAGCAACAACAGAAAAACAAAAAGGGCAAGUCCAAGUCGCCUCGCAGGAAAAAGUCAAAGUCCCCUGCACGACAAAAGCAACAGAAAGUGCCAGCUCCAGAGCCAGUGGUUGCCCCAGAACUGGAAGAGAAAGAAGAGGCCGCUGCAGAGCCCAAACCAGCCAAGGCACAGGAAACAGUUCCAGAGCCAGCAACAACAAAAAGCGAGACCUUGCCGGCAAAGGACGAAAGUCAGGCCGAAAACGAUGGCACUGGGAAGCAAGGAAAUAAUCAGAAAGCCAGAAAAGGCAGGUCCAGGUCGCCCCGCGAAAAGCAGUCCAAGUCGAAAUCACCGGUGCGCCAAGAGGAAAAGAAAGCACCAAUUUCAGCGCCUGUUGCGGCGGAAGAAGCGAAACAAGACAACAAUGGAGCCCCAGAACCUGUUGAGACAAAGGUGGUGCCUGUUUCUGCGCCGGCUCCAGAGCCUGAAGCUCCGAAGCUUGUGGAAGAGAGCAAGGCGACAACGAAUGGAAACGACGAGGCUGAGGCUGUGGAGAAAACCCCAGAAGAAGUCAAGAAAGAGAAACCGAGCAACGAGGAAGCAAAAUCAUCCACUGCAAAGGAAGAAGAGCCCCCAUCAGCAGAGGUCAGCUCGGACAAAGCCGAAACGUCGACUGAACCCGAGACAGCCGAAGGCGAAAAGAAGGUGGAUGCUAAGGCCACCGAGGCGCCGACAGUGGAAUCAAAGGCUGUCUCGACGAAUGAAGUUCCUGCUGAAAGUGCUUCUAAGGAUGCGGCAUCGGACGUGCCGGAAGAUUUAAAAGGCCCAAAGCCGUCCCCCCAACGCUCACCAAUGCCCAUCAAGGCGUCUACACCUUACCCCUCUUACGCACUGGCGCUUGCGAAAGGGAAAAAGCAGGCACAACGGAAGCUCCUGUUUUCUCCUGCAAAGUCAGGUGGCAAUGGCGAGGUCGGAACUCCUGAAGCACCCAGGGUCACUAGCGACGUGGAUGAGCUUAUUGCGAGGGUACUAGGCAAACCGACAACUGUGAAGGGUAAGGAAAGGUCGGAAAAGCCCAAGAAUGCGGUGCCUUCUUCCGCCAGCGCUGGCAGCGGAACUCGUUCCAACGAAACGGGAAGGGCCAAAGUGGAAGAAAUGGCCCAGCGUCUUGCCGAUGCCAGCCCUCAAAAGAAGGUUGAUGACCUAUCGUCGAUAUCUGCAGAGACCGAUUCCGAGUUCAAGAAAGUCGUCACCGAUGACGAGAUCCGAGAAAAAGCUUGGGAGUUGUUUGAACAGAGUGUUCAAGGUCAAGCCGCUGCGGUCUCGGACGCCCCAACCGUCCCUGCGACUACAGCUUUGAAGAAGGCCAACUUCAACCCAUAUGAUGUGUUGGAUGAUGAGCCUGUUACUCCAGGAAAUGAGGCGAAGAAAACCCCCAAAAAAUCAAAGAAAGGGAAAAACAAAUCGUCCAAGCCGGAGGAAGUAUCCGUUACACCGAAACAGACGAAGAAGGGGGGGAAGGGCAAAACCCAAAAGGCUUCAGCAUCACCAAAGAAAAAGGGCGUUCGAUUCGAGACACCUUCAGCAGCAGACAAGGGUAUACUGGACGCCAAGGUGGUAGAAUUGCAGCAUUCCCCACCCACCUUAGUGAUCCCUUUGCACAUGUUGAACACCUUGGUCCACACAAAACCAUUCUCGUAUAUUUUUGACGGCAUAUUCUGGAUUCUUGCUCUGCUGCUGGGCUGUCCCGUGGGUGCCAUUGUGGUGCUCCUAACUGCAAUCUACAGACUGUUCGGGUUCUUUCUCCGACUCUUUGGCAUUGGGGUGAUCAAACCCAAGAAAAAUCCAGAACAACAACUGGGGGUGGUAGUUACGGGUUGCGACAGUGGUUUCGGGCAUGACCUGGCUUUCUCCCUGAUGAAGGAGGGAUUCGUAGUGUUUUGCUGUUGCCUUCGCAAGGACUCUCUGAAAAUUUUCGAAGGAGAGGAAUUGGCCACACCACUCCUGAUGGAUGUCACAAAGGAUAAUGAUGUUGACAAAGCCGCCAAGCUAGUCGAGGAUUGGCUGUCUGGUGCUGACGGAAGAUAUUUGCAUGCGCUUGUGAACAAUGCCGGAGUAGGCGCUGGAGGAUUGGUGGAUUGGAUUCCAGUGAGCGGAUUCCAGAAACACAUGGAUGUAAAUUACUUUGGCACGAUCAGGUGCUGCAAAAAGUUUCUCCCUCUGUUCAGGUUCCAAGCCGCCUCGGGAUUUUACUCGGAUGCUCGAAUUGUCAACAUGACUUCCGUCGCUGGACUUGUUUCUGGUGGUAUGUUUUCUGUGAGUUAUGAAGCAUCGAAGCAUGCCGCCGAGGCAUUCACGACAAACUUGCGGUUGGAAACCAGAGCGUUGGGACUGCAGGUGUCGGUCGUGAACCCAACAUUCCACAGGACUGCCUUGACGAGAUCAAUGGGUGAUAACUUGAGAAAGGUCUGGAAGAGUUUGCCUGCCGAGAAACGCAAGGAGUACGGAGAAGAUUAUCUGAGCGAUGCUUGUGAAGUCAGCGACUUUGCUUCCGACGUGAUUUGCUGGAACAGCUGUCACGUGGUUACGGCGAUGCAACAGGCCGUGUCAUUCAAAAAGGCACCGGUCCGAUUAUUGGUUGGCAUGGAUGCGAAAUACGUCUUCUCUGUGAUCCACUUGCUCCCCACUUGGUUCACCAGUAUUUUCAACAGUAGGAAGUUUAAUAUCGACCCUCCCGCCAUGAUGCAAAAGAGCAAUUAA